CCGGACAGUUAGGUUCAACUAUUGAAAAGUCGGUUUUGUGUUAUCAGUGAAGUAAAAUUUUCAAAUUCGAAAAAUGCAAUCUUCCAGAAGAAUGCGUCAGGACAGAAAAAGAAGAGUUUUACGUCCAACAAACCCUCAGGAAGUACCCUGUUAUGAAUCGGUUUACGAAGAAUCCAUCAAGCACCCCGAGAGAUUCUGGGCAAAAGUUGGACAACUGGUGACAUGGUCUAAACCAUGGAAGAGGGUGUUGGAUAAUUCUUAUGAACCAUUUACUAAAUGGUUUGUUGGUGGUGAGCUGAACGCUUGUUAUAAUGCCAUAGAUCGACAUAUCGAAGCUGGAAAAGGAUCCAAAGUCGCCUUAAUUUAUGAUUCACCUCUCCUUGGAGUCGUUAGGAAAGUCACGUAUUACGAAUUGUACGAAAAGGUCCCGAAACUGGCCGGUCUCUUGGCAAGACUUGGAGUUAGUAGAGGAGAUAGAGUUGUGAUAUAUAUGCCACUCAUUCCAGAAACGAUCAUGGCCAUGUUAGCAGUAGCUAGAUUGGGAGCUGUACACUCAGUGGUAUUUGGAGGCUUCGCAGCUAGUGAGUUAUGCACAAGAAUCCAGCACGCAGAACCCAAAGUAAUAAUAGCCGCUAGUUGUGGAAUAGAACCUAGCAGAGUUGUGAAUUACAUACACGAGCUUAACGAAGCCAUCGCCCUAUCAAGCCACAAACCAUCGAAAUGCAUUAUUUUCCAAAGAAAAGGCAUCGAAAUCGCCGAACUUGACCCGGUGAGAGAUAUGGAUUGGGAGGAGUCGAUAAAAAACGUGGAAAGUGCCCCUUGUGUUCCAGUCGAUGCUAAUGAUCCUCUGUACAUAAUAUAUACAUCGGGAACUACAGGCGAACCGAAAGGAAUCACACGACCGAUCGGAGGUCAUUUACCGAUGCUGGUGUAUGCCCUUAAAACGUUAUACGGAGUUGGCCCUGAGGACACCUGGUGGGCUACGAGCGACUUCGGCUGGGUAGUCGGCCAUUCUUUCAUGUGUUAUGGGCCUUUGUGUUACGGAAUCACCACUAUAGUUUACGAGGGGAAGCCGACAACUACUCCAGAUCCCAGUUCGUACUACCGAAUAAUAAGCGACUACAAGGUGAACUCGAUCUUCACCAUCCCCACCGCCAUGCGAGUCUUAAGACAAGCAGACCCCGAAGGAAAAUAUGGAAUAGAGUACGACCUCGCCAGUUUGAGGCAAAUAUUUUUAGCUGGUGAAAACCUCGACCUCACCACCAAAAGUUGGACAGAGAGAAUAUUCAACGUGCCGAUAAUCAAUCAUUGGUGGCAAACCGAAACAGGGGCUCCCAUCACGGGAAUGUGUGCGGGCCUCAAGAAUCAUUGUACUUCCAGAGAACUAUCUACUGGUCUUCCCUUUCCAGGAUACGACAUAAAGGUUUUGCGAAAGGAUGGUACUACUGCUGAUUUCAAUGAACUUGGAAGAAUAGUAAUCAAACUCCCUCUACCACCCGGAGUGCUUUCCACGCUAUACAAGGCAGAAGAAAGAUUUGUGAAAACGUAUUUCACGAAAUAUCCGGGGUAUUACGACACGAUGGAUGCUGGAUACAUGGAUAAAGACGGAUUACUUUACGUAACAGCCAGGGCUGAUGAUGUAAUCAACGUUGCAGGGCAUAGAUUAUCUACAUUAGCUUUAGAAAACAUAGUUCUGUCCCAUCCAGACGUGUCGAUGGCCUGCGUUGUAUCCGUACCAGACGAAAUCAAGAAUGAAAUUCCACUGUGUUUGUUCGUCAUGAAAGAAG